CUCGUUAACCUGACAGACUGCGGUCUGCCUCCGCACAGACAAUAAAGAGGCACGCGAUCUUAACGAGACAGAAAGAGGAGAAACGUGCCAAGCCGUGGGACGACUUGAAUCUACUGGAUUGAGCACAAGAAUGCAAAAGAAAAGUUUGUUUCUACAGAUGCGUUUGUGCCGGAUACAUUUUUACAGUUUCUGUUGUUCGGGACUUUGAAUUGAGUAAUGUCUCAUGGGCGAACACACACUUGGAUUCCUGCUGAUAACAAAAAAGGGACUGCCACAAGAAAACUAAUUAAGUGAGGAGUUUUUCAUCAUUAGUUCAUAAGGAAGUUAAAACUAGUUGACACUGACCUCGGCAGUCCUCGCCUGCGAAUCUGCACAUUUCAACUACCGAGCGAACCAAAUGCAGAGAGAAAGAUGCAUCUGGGCAAGGCUUUACUGUUUGUCCUCCUCCUCAACUGCGCAACUUUGAGCUCAUCUCUGUCGACUUGUGCCACCGUGGACAUCGAUCAUGUGAAAAGAAAGAGGGUCGAGGCGAUACGAGGUCAGAUUUUGAGCAAACUCCGGCUGACCAGUCCUCCACACUCUCUCGGACCGAAUAAAAUCCCUUAUCAAAUCCAAGCGUUGUACAACAGCACCAAGGAGCUACUGGAGGAGCUCAGGAGGGAUCGGCAGCAAAGUUGCGGUCAGGACAACACAGAGACAGAGUACUAUGCCAAAGAGAUAUACAAAUUCAACAUGGUCUACGGACCGCCAGAAAGCAACGAUCUGCUCUACUGCCCAAAAGGCAUCACCUCUAAGGUUUUCCGCUUCAAUGUCUCCGCCAUGGAGAGGAACUCAACCAACCUCUUCAGAGCAGAGUUUCGAGCUCUGAGGGUACCAAACUCAAGUUCCAAGAGGAAUGAACAGCGGAUUGAGCUCUACCAGAUUGUAAGGCCAAAUGAACACAUCAGGAAACAACGCUACCUUGCAGCCAAGAACGUGCUGACCAAAGGUACUUCAGAGUGGGUCUCCUUCGAUGUGACUGAAACAGUGCGGGAAUGGCUGACGAACAGAGGAACUAAUCUGGGUUUGGAAAUCAGUGUGCACUGUCCCUGUCACACAUUCAACCCAAACGGUGACAUCAUUGACAAUGAGAAUGAGGUGCUGGAGGUGAAGUUUAAAGGUGUGGAUGGAGACGACGAGCAGAGUCGCUGGGAUCUGGAUCAGCUGAAGAAGAGAAAGGACCAGUACCUGCCUCACCUUAUCCUCAUGAUGAUCCCACCCCACCGCCUGGACACUCAGUCCACACGCCGACGCAAGAGAGCGCUGGACACAAACUACUGUUUCUCAAACACGGAGGAGAGCUGCUGCGUUCGCCGGCUCCACAUCGAUUUCCGUCGUGACUUGGACUGGAAGUGGAUCCAUGAGCCCAGUGGCUACGAUGCCAACUACUGCUCCGGGCCCUGUCCUUACCUGAGGAGCUCGGAUACAACACACAGCUCGCUGCUGAGCCUGUACAACACUCUGAAUCCCGAGGCAUCGGCCUCCCCCUGCUGUGUCCCUAAAGACCUGGAACCCCUCACUAUACUCUACUACUCUGGACGGACCCCCGUAGUGGAGCAGCUCUCCAACAUGAUCGUGAAGUCUUGCAAGUGUAGCUGAGAAGACGUGAAAGGCGAGGUAGCACGGCAGGAUUUUACUAGGUACUGACGAAAAACCCAUGCUCGAUGACUUUUGGACUCUUAGCUGUGACAAAUACUUUCCCUGACCCUGUGUUCUCAUGGCCUAGAUCUGAACAUCACUCUGGAGGUCACACAUUUUUGUAAGGAUGCAGAUUUCUCCUAAAAACGUGAGGUCAUCAUUCUUUUCUAUUUCUUCCCCCACUCUGGAUGACAAAUAGUUAUUUUCCUCUUUAAAAAAUCCAAACCAAACGUCAUCUUGCAAUCAAAGCAUGCUCUUUCAAUAUUUCCCUCUAGAUUUGUGAAGGUCGAUAACACACUCCUAAAGCUAGAUCGGGAGGUGCUACAAGUACAAUGAAUGAAAGAGACUUACGUUGUUUAUUUUACAAUAUUUCCACCAAAUUCUAAUCUCUAAUCUCAGUAGGGCAGUUUUCCUGUCUCUAGCCGUGGGGUGAUAUUGUCAAUAGUCACAAAUAUAGAUUGUGCUCUGCUGAACAAUGGAAGGGUCCUUUCAGGCUGGAUGUUAUACCUUCACCUUGUCUUAGGUUCCCUUCCCUUCAAACCGUGGACACUAUCUUCAAACACAAAAGGAGAAAGGACAGACUUGCUGCUGUAUCCAAAGCCAUAGCUGUGGUCAGGGAAAAGGAGAGCUGAGAGAAUGCCUGCUGGAUUUGCAAUGGAAAGUGAAUGAACAAAGAAGUUGAGCCAAACUUUUUUUUUUUUUUUGGCCAGCCAGUAGUAAUGGCCUUUUUUUUUGUAUUUGCGGUGCAUCUAAUAGAAUGGACAGAAGAAGAAGAAGAAGAAGAAGAAGAGGAUGGGGACCUGUAUAGAAGCGAAGAACUGUGAUGGAUACAAGCCAUGAGCACACUGCCAUUCACUGGAAGUUUUCAUCUCUAACAGGUUCAAAUUAUUUAUGGACAUCAAAGAAUAUACUGGAAAAGAACAUGUGUUACGCAACAGUAUUUUUAUGGAAUUUCUUUUUCACGAAUGGCAGAUUUGGUCUGUUAUGCAACUUGUCAUAUAUGGAUUGUUUCAUUAACUGGGACAAAAAACAACUUUAUCUCCAUCGGUGGAAACACUUUUAUAUUAAACUAAGGGUACUGUUACAUUUCCUUGUGACUAACUAACUAGUUAAUUAGUAUACAAACUAAUCAGUAACAAACUAAUUAGUUUGACUUGUUGUAUGUGAUCCAGUAUAUGUUUGACGUCAGUCUUAUCGUAUUAAAAGGGGACUAUCCCCAGAAAGUUGAAUCAGAGCACUUUUCUCCAGCAAUAAUUGCAAAUGUCGUGUCAUUUUAAAUGCAGUGAAGUCCUUCGCUCUCCUAUCAACUCACCCGUCACCAGUCACUCCAGCCAGCUGACAAGGAAUCGCGUGUGUAGUUCCCAAAAACACUGCAGUCUUUCAUCCCUCUGCUCCCUCUCUGUUUGUUUUGGUGCUCCUUUACAGUGUGAAGCCCUAAUGGAACAAAAAAAAAAAAGAAUAAGGGAGGGGGGAAAAGUCAUUACAUGACAGUGGCUGGAUGUACAGUUAGACCUCAUUAGAGUCAGGAGAACGAUUCUCAAUCCCUGUACUUUUUGACAUUCGCCCAGUCAGAGUCAUCUUGCCUUUAGGUGAUAUUUAGAUGAGGUUUUUUUGCAGUAAUAUUGUUUGAUUGACUUGUUGAUCGUGAUUGUUAUUAAAAACACAAAAUGCAAAAUC